AUGGACUGCAUGCAAGCGGGUGCGCACACACAAAAGCAGAAUCAGGAUCUCCCAUCGCCAGCGCUCGCGCCCACGUGCCCGGGCGCACCGCAACUCAAAAAAGACAAACACACCGCGAUCAAGUGGGUCACGUUACGGUACGCCCGCGCACCGUCAGCGCGCGAUUCGGCGAGAGAGGGGCAGACCAAGAGUCUCCUACGCUUCGCGCACGGGCGAACGCGGGCACGCACGCACAAAAGCCCAGAGGAGAACAAGGCAGAAACACAUAUCUGGACAGCAAAGGCACAGAUGAAUGGAAGCGAGGAGCACAAGGUCGCAAAACCCAACUUCAGAAACCAGAUAUGGUAUAGCUUCCCAUGGGCGACAUGGAACGAACGGACAAACAACAAGGAAAGAUACCCACCAGACACGCUUGACGCACCAUCAGCACGCUGCUCGUCGAUGGGCUCAUCAGCGGCAUGCGCGUCCCCUUCUCUGCCACUCUACGGCAUCACAUGUACCCAGACCUAUGUGUACUACGAGCGCAGCGCAGGCGAUCGGCCCCCGCUCAAGACGCUCGUGCGUCCCUUCUCUUCCACUGUCAUCUUCUAUCCCAUCACCCAUUUUUGCAACACCUAUGUCCACACACCUCGCGUCUCCCUCGACUCUCGUCUGCGCUGGACCAACGCUUAUUUGUUUCUCGUUACUCCUCAGGCCGCCCUCCUAUGGUUCGCGCCCCCGUCUCUCGCUCUGACCUGUUCCGCAUUCUGA